AUGGAGAUUGACAAGGAUAUAUCUUAUAAGUGCGGUUGUCAUUUUGAAGACAGUGAGGGUGAAGCUCACAUUUACUAUAGCAACAGAAUUGGUAGCAAUACCUUUACAAAGGCCGAGUUGAUGAGUAUUCAUCUCUCUCAAUUGAUGCUUCGGCACAGAAUUUCCAGGGCAACUUACAGAGACAUUGUCCAAUUUGUUAAUACAAUCAUUCCAGAUUACAAUGAAAUUAUGUUGGAACCUGGGGCUAAAAUCAGCCACGGCAAAACUGUUGAUGCUUUGCUCAAGUCCAAGUCAAGCGUCAAGGACUAUGAGUAUGAUGUCUGUCCUAAUGGUUGCCCAUUUCAAACACCAUCUGCCAGUAUGAAGCUCAUGUCAGUCAGUGAUAUGUUUUCUCAAAUGCUGACUGAUCCAGCUACAAGAGAACUCCUCCAUUACAGGGCAAACCGGGAAUCUGUAGCUGGUCAGCUCACCAAUAUUUUCGAUGGUUACAGUUACAAGCAGUUGAUGCAGCAAGGCCUGUUCUCAAAUCCCGACGAUAUUGUCAUUAGGUUGUAUACUAAUGGUUUCAUUAACCAAAAAAAGGGCAAGAGUUCGUACACCAUUGUUCAUGCUGUUGUAUUCAACCUUGUCCUAUCAAUAAGAUACACAAAUGAAUAUCUCUUGCAACUGGCAAUCUUGCCUGGCCCCAAGAAGCCUACCCACUUGGACUCUUUCCUGAUGCCAAUCAUCAGUAAAAUAAAAGAUCUUGAGGUGCAUGACUUGGUGAUCAAGAGCAAUGGAGUUGAGGUUUGCCAUGCCAAGAUCCACUUGUUGCUUGCUUUUGUUUGUUUGGUUGCCGAAUCUGCGAAACAAAGGGAAAAGCCCCAGACAACAGAUGGCACAGAAUGUACUUUGAAGAUAGUUCUGCUCCUUUGCGACCUUUGGAAGACUUCAAAACUGGCAAUCCUUGAGCUGUCAACUUUCUCCAGAUCUUCCUUCUUUGCACUGGAUGAACUUCAUUUAGUUGCAAGAGGAAUUGGAAAGCACAUUUACAACUUGAUCACUGUGUCCCUUACCAAGGAGACAAAAUUUUUUUAUACCCAUCCAGAUGAUACCCUCUCCACCACAGAAUACCCAUUUUUCAUACCAAGAACUGGUCUUGUGACAAUUGGCAACUGUAUCACAAGUUCAAGACCAUAUAUAUCAGUAUUAUUCCAAGGCAGUUUUGAUAAUGUCUUCUCCAUAAUUGACAGCACUCAUGCAGUAGAUUGGCUUGACUUUCUUCUGUACAUUGUUCCCACUCUUGUUGUUCCGUUCUUACCAAACAGGGCUGUGAAAACUGCGGUGUUGUCACUUGUCAAAGGUUGUGCACUGACAUUGCAAUGGACGCUGACUUCGGAGUUGCUGGAUGAGAUGGAUGUGCAAGUCAUAAUGCCUCUAACACUAUAUUACUAUAUACAAAACUAA